AUGCCUUCUCCACUCUCUAAAAUCCUCUUCAUCUGCCUAAUACAUUUCCUUCCUUCUUGCUUCAGUGAAUCUAAGCCAGGUGUGGCAGGCAAAGCAGUCCCCACUGCCAUGUGCAGCAUCUCAAGUCCAAACAGUGGCAGCGACAGCAGUAGUAUAAGCAGCGGGGGCAGCUCUGGAAGUGGAGCAGAAAGUGCUGUCAUGGUCUGGAUGACAGAGCUGCGCUAUUCAACAGAGAUGGAGUGUAUGACUGUGCUGCAGAGCAAAUCUAUACGUCGUGGAUGCGAUGCCGCCAGCUUUACUGCUGCAGGACGGGCAAUCAAAAGUAAUUUUGCUUCCCUAACUCUGUGGGUUUUUCUUUUUCUCUCUCUCUCUCUCUCUCUCUCUCUCUGUGUGAGUGAGAGAGCAAUAUUCUUUCAUAUAGUUUUUUUUCUCUUUUUCAUCCUCCUCUGUUAUUUAGACUUCUUGGUAGUUAUACUCACAAUAUUUUGA